AUGGGUAACCAAGUGGCAUCGAAAGUGUUUUACAAAAAUAAUGAUACGAAAAAAAAUGUUGCGGAGAUUAAGCAUUACGAAGAUGAAGACAAAAACAAGAAAAGGGAAAAUGGCCGCUUCCCGCCCGGCGGACUGUCAAAAGGGGAGAAGUGGCAACGGGCUGAUGCGCAGGCCGAGCAGGGGUUGCCACAGACGGAUGCGCAGGCCAUGCAGAGGCUGCCACAGACGGAUGUACAAACUAUCUCGGGAGAACAUUUAAAAAAUAACGAAAUGGAAAAAAUAAAGCAAGAGAAUUUUUACAUGUUUGAUGAAAGCUUAAAUUCAAAUGACGUUAAACAUCCAUGCCACGCGCAGUGGUUUUUAUUUUGGGUAUUCGCGUCCUACUUAAACGAAAAAUUCUCGGACAGGGAGCGGGCAUAUGUUCAUUCGUUUUAUUCAAAUUUCCCUGAGCAGUGUAUAAAAGGAAAGGGGAAAAACUGCUUCCUUGAGUUUUCCAAAAUAUACCCCGUCAGAGCGGGGACCAGGGAAGAACUCAUGACGUGGUUGCAAAUGUGCGAGAAUUAUUGCAGGCAAAAAGCUGACUUACCUCACUGGCGUUUUUUGUGCGAUUUUUGUGAAACUUUUGCGAAAUUUUUAUGCAAUUUUUGUGAAACUUUUGCGAAAUUUUUAUGCAAUUUUUGUGAAACUUUUGUGCAAUUUUUGAUUCAUGUGUUGUGUUUCGACGCGCAUAUUCUGCUGUCACAUUUUGCUGGCACGCUCUACCACAUUGUAUGCCUCUUUUUUUUUUUUUUUUCCCUUUUGUUUAGUUACAAGAAGUUGUUAAAAAGGUGGAGGUACGAUGAUGAUUAUAUUUAG